AUGGCGCCGCCUCCCCCUCUUCCCUCUGUGCCUGCAGGCGACGAGAACACCAGAGUGCUAAGGAAAGCGGAAAUGUCUCUGGUCAGCGGGGAGACCUGUUCCAAGACCGUACAGGGGCUGACGGAGGGCAUGCUGUGCGCCGUCUCUGACGAAGGAGGGAAGGAGACCUGCAAGGAUGACAGCGGGGCUCCUUUGCUUUGCACUUUCGGGGAAGACAUGAGAUGGUUUGCGGUUGGAAUAGGCAGUCAGGGGGAGGCCUGCGAAGGAAAGGGAAGCCCCGCUAUCUACACUGUGGUUUUCAGCUACCUCGACUGGAUAGAAGCAGUAACGGCCAAGGAAGGGAAACCAUUUAUCCCCGAAGGGGUGGACGUUGCCGUAGCUGAAUCCGAAAUCCCUGCUCCCGGUUUGGCUGAGAUGGAAGAAGUAACGGCUGAGGAAGAAAAACUAGCAAUCCCCGAAGGGGCGGAGGUUGACAUAACUCACCCCGAAAUCCCCGUUCCCGGUUUGGCUGACUCUCCCUUCCUUUCCACCGCCAGUGCUGUUGCUUCUGUUCUGAUGUCGAUACUUUUCCGUUUAUUGUAA